AUGUUCCUCAGCCAAUGGUACUUGCCGAGUGAAAUGGCUCUAAGAAUGAGCAUCUAUAAUAUCGCACAGCCCGUCGGAGCCAUGCUAUCCGGUGCAAUGCAGGGUGGUCUCUCGACCCAUCUUGACGGUACUCUCGGUCGAAGUGGUUGGCGCUGGGCAUUUAUCAUCAAUGGUGUUUGCACGAUUUUCAUUGCCCUUGUUGCCUAUGUGCUUUUGCCAGGUUUUCUGACGAAAUACAUACAGCCGGAUCGCCCCAACCCUCUUUCUCGUUUAUAUCUCAGGCCACGAGACAUUGAACUUGCCAAGCGACGUAUUCAUCGAAUCGGCCGUGAUCCUCAAAUUGGAAUUACACCCAAGACAUUUCUACGAUGCUUUAAAUUCUGGCAUGUAUGGGUUUUCUCAAUUGCCUGGGCUCUUGGAACCGGUACGACACCGACAAACUACUUCAAUCUUUGGUUGAAGUCGUUGAAAAAUACCGAUGGCACAUUGAAAUACUCUGUCGCUAUGCUAAAUUACUUGCCAAUUGCUGGUCAAGCAAUUCAACUCGUCGCCGAGAUCUUAUUCAGUGGCUUUAGCGAUUAUUUCGGUACUCGGCUUCCAUUCUUACUUCUUCACUCAGUCAUCAAUCUUACAGCGCUAUCUAUUCUGUCUGCACGUCCUGAUAACGUGAGCCUUUAUAUGGCCGGGUGGUACAUGGACUAUAUUGGAGCGUGA